GGUUCGACAAUUGGUUCUUCUUUUGGCCCCUCCUGCGAAGCCCGCGGAUUGGACGGCUGAGUCUGGCUACACAGGCCUCCGCGGGAGCGCGGCUGGGCCAAUCAGGAGCUUGGCGUAUUUUACAAACUGAGGAAGUAGCUCCAGCCGUAUCCGAGAGAGUCAGGCGAAAAGCGGAGGAAGCUGGGUCGGCCCUGAGGGGCUCUCAGUAAGCCAUCAUGACCACCCGGCAAGCCACGAGGGAUCCCCUCCUCCGGGGUGUAUCUCCUACCCCUAGCAAGAUUCCGGUACGCUCUCAGAAACGCACGCCUUUCCCCACUGUUACAUCGUGCGCCCUGGACCAGGAGAACCAAGAUCCAAGGAGAUGGUUGCAGAAACCACCGCUCAAUAUUCAACGCCCCCUCGUUGAUUCAGCAGGCCCCAGGCCCAAAGCCAAGCACCAGGCAGAGACAUCACAAAGAUUGGUGGGGAUCCCUCAGCCUCGGAACCCCUUGGAGGAGCUCAGGCCUAGCCCUAGGGGUCAAAAUGUGGGGCCUGGGCCCCCUGCCCAGACAGAGGCUCCAGGGACCAUAGAGUUUGUGGCUGACCCUGCAGCCCUGGCCACCAUCCUGUCAGGUGAGGGUGUGAAGAGCUGUCACCUGGGGCGCCAGCCUAGUCUUGCUAAGAGAGUACUGGUUCGAGGAAGUCAGGCAGGCACCACCCAGAGGGGCCAGGGUGUUCGGGCCUCUGCAUAUUUGGCCCCCAGAACUCCCACUCACCGACUGGACCCUGCCAGGGCUUCCUGCUUCUCAAGGCUGGAGGGACCAGGACCUCGAGACAAGACUUUGUGCCCCCAGAGGCUACAGGCUCUGAUUUCACCUUCAGGACCUUCCUUUCACCCUUCCACUCGCCCCAGUUUCCAGGAGCUAAGAAGGGAGACAGCUGGCAGCAGCCGGACUUCAGUGAGCCAGGCCUCAGGAUUGCUCCUGGAGACCCCAGUCCAGCCUGCUUUCUCUCUCCCUAAAGGAGAACAUGAGGUUGUCACUCGCUCAGAUGAAGGAAGUGUGGCCUCUCUUGGUCUGGCCCAGCGAGUACCAUUAAGAGAAAACCGAGAAAUGACACAUACCAGGGACAGCCGUGACUCCCACCUGAUGCCCUCGCCUGGCCAUGUGGUGCCAUGUCCAUCACCCUUUGGACGGGCUCAGCGUGUACCCUCCCCAGGCCCUCCAGCUGUGACCUCAUAUUCAGUGUUGCGGCGUCUCACCAUUCAACCUAAAACCCGAUUCACGCCCAUGCCAUCAACCCCCAGAGUUCAGCAGGCCCGGUGGCUGAGUGGUGUUUCCCCUCAGUCCUGCUCUGAAGAUCCUGCCCUGCCCUGGGAGCAGGUUGCCGUCCGGUUGUUUGACCAGGAGAGUUGUAUAAGGUCACUGGAGGGGUCUGGGAAACCACCUGUGGCCACUCCUUCUGGACCCCACUCUAACAGAACCCCCAACCUCCAGGAGGUGAAGAUUCAACGCAUCGGUAUCCUGCAGCAGCUGUUGAGACAGGAGAUAGAGGGGCUGGUAGGGGGCCAGUGUGCCCCCCUUAAUGGAGGCUCUUCUCUGGAUAUGGUUGAACUUCAGCCCCUGCUGACUGAGAUUUCUAGAAAUCUGAAUGCCACAGAGCAUAACUCUGGGACUUCCCACCUUCCUGGAUUGUUAAAAUGCUCAGGGCUGCCAAAGCCCUGCCUUCCAGAGGAGUGCGGGGAACCACAGCCCUGCCCUCCAGCGGAGCCUGGGCCCCCAGAGGCCAUCUGUAGGAGUGAGCCUGAGACACCAGAGCCCUCCCCCCAGGAACAGCUUGAGGUACCAGAGCCCUGCCCUCCAGCAGAACCCAGGCCCCUAGAGUCCUGCUGUAGGAGUGAGCCUGAGAUACCGGAGCCCUCCCACCAGGAACAGCUUGAAGUACCAGAGCCCUGCCCUCCAGCAGAACCCAGGCUCCCAGAGUCCUGCUGUAGGAGUGAGCCUGAGAUACCAGAGCCCUCUCAGCAGGAACAGCUUGAGGUACCAGAGCCCUGCCCUCCAGCAGAACCCAGUCCCCUUCAGCCCAGCACCCAGGGGCAGUCUGGACCCCCAGGGCCCUACCCUAGGGUAGAGCUGGGGGCAUCAGAGCCCUGCACCCUGGAACAUAGAAGUCCAGAGUCCAGCCUACCACCCUGCUGCAGUCAGUGGGCUCCAGCAACCACCAGCCUGAUCUUCUCUUCCCAACACCCGCUUUGUGCCAGCCCCCCUAUCUGCUCACUCCAGUCUCUGAGAACCCCGGCAGGCCAGGCAGGCCUCAGCAGUCUGGCCCCUCGAACCCUAGCCCUGAGGGAGCGCCUCAAAUCAUGUUUAACCGCCAUCCACUGCUUCCAUGAGGCUCGUCUGGACGAUGAGUGUGCCUUUUACACCAGCCGAGCCCCUCCCUCAGGCCCCACCCGGGUCUGCACCAACCCUGUGGCUACAUUACUUGAAUGGCAGGACGCCCUGUGUUUCAUUCCAGUUGGCUCUGCUUCCCGGGGCUCUCCAUCAUGAGACAACCACUCUUGCCCUACCGUGCUUCUUCCUUUUAGCCCUUAUUUAUUGUCGGUCUGCCCAUGGGACUGGGAGCCGACCACCUUUGUCCUCAAUAAAGUUUCCAAAGUAUC